AGUCUUUGAGUGCUAAUAAGUGGUUUGAUGGGAAAGUUAAGUGUGGAAAUUGCCACAUGAUAGGAGUUUCUUUUUACUCUUGAACGUGGAAGAUUGUUUUAAUUAGCUGCCUUCGGUUGGUUGUUAUCGCAUGUGAUAUUAGUUGCUUGAAGAUUAAAACACAGCCGCUAAAGUGAUUUAGUUAACCCUGCGCUUAAAGAGCACUGGUGUUUAGUGUAGUAAUUUUGCUGUGGUUUCAGCUGUGUAACGUGUGCUGAAUUGUGCAGUCAUCAAACACAGAGGCCUCAUUGAUCAGCUGCCGAGCCUCAAUACACAAUGAGACGAGGCCAGCGAUCUCUCCUCCUCUCCUCCACUCCAUCCCUCCUGUUGCGAUCCCUCGUUCUGCUCUCCCUCUGCCCGUGGGGGCAGGCUGUGCAGGCUGAGAACGUGACCGUGCUGGAGGGGGGGACGGCACAGAUCUCCUGUCGUCUCCAGAACUACGAUGGCUCGAUCGUGGUCAUCCAGAACCCACGCAGACAAACGCUAUUCUUCAAUGGAACACGAGCACUGAAAGACGACCGUUUUCAGAUGGUUCUUUUCACGCCGCGCCUGGUGCGGAUCACGUUGACUAAUGUAAGUGUAUCUGACGAGGGUGGCUUCUUCUGCCAGCUCUACACCGAUGACACACACCACCAAGUGGCUACGCUGUCGGUGGUGGUGCCCCCAGAGGUGCCUAUGGUGGAGGUGAAGACAGAGGCAGUGGAGGGUGGAGAGGUGGAACUCACAUGUGUGUCCCCGCGGAGCAAACCACCAGCCACCCUGCGCUGGGUCCGAGAUCGCCGAGAAAUCGCAGGUGUGAUCUCUCAGCAGGAGAACGGCAAGACUGUGAGUGUUUCCAACACUAUCCGUAUCCCCGUGGAGAGGAAAGAUAACGGAGCGGCGCUGAGCUGUGAGGCGUCUCACCCGGCACUCGUGGGGCAGAAACGAGUUCGUCACUACAGCCUAGAUGUUCACUUUGCUCCUACGGUGAAAAUCAUUCCCCCUCAGGGCAUCCUCCGAGAGGGAGACUCCCUCAGUCUCACCUGCUCCGUUACCGGCAACCCACUACCACGUGACAUCCAGUGGUCGCGAGUGAACGACACUCUUCCUGAGAGGGCUGAGAAAACGGGCAACAUUCUCCUUAUGUCUCGCCUCAGCCAAUCACACAACGGCACCUACCUCUGUCAGGCGCAUAAUAAUUACGGCCGUGCAGCCGACCACUACACACUGCUGGUGUACGACCCCGGGGCAGUGGUGGAAACCCACAGUGCCGUUCCGUAUGCAAUGAUCGGGGGCAUCCUGGCUCUGCUGGUCUUCACUGUCAUCUGUGUGCUCAUCGUCACCAUCUGGUGCUCCGUCCGACAGAAAGGUUCAUAUUUGACUCACGAGGCCAGUGGGUUGGAUGAACACGGUGAGGUUCAGGAGGCGUUCCUCAACGGUAAUGAUGCCAGCCAGGGCAAGAAGGAGUACCUACUGUAGCGCCGCCCUAGAGGAGCUCUUCAGAAACACUGGACCUCUGCAGAGUGCACACCGCAACACACACUAUUCCCAAAAACAGACCCACACACCACCACUACGACAACCAGAGGGAAUCACAAUCGUGCCAUAUGAAGAUGGAGUGGGAAGGAGAGAAUGGAGACAACAUUGGAGCGGGGUGGAGAGAGCCGGAAGGAGAGGAUAAUUAUUAUGAUUGAAAGAGACCAUCACACACACUCUUUCUGUUUUUACUUGCGAGUACCAUAGACAACUAGCUGUAAUUGUAGGACCAGGAGAGAAAAGUGUCCAUUCAAAACAGGCCGAUCCAUAACCCGGGUGAAACGGCAUCGCUGUGGGAAGCCGCAAAGGGCUUAUGAGCUAUUGAAUGUCCCAACGUGAGCAAAUUGAAAUUCCCUGCAUUUGCCAAAGCGUUCGGGCCUCAGAGACUGAGCUGGUAGACAAUAAAUCCACCAAUGACAGCGCUGAGAGCUCAGAGCCGUCCUCAUAAAGUAUUCAUCUGGGCUUUUCAUCUGGCGACUCCAUUAUCUGCUCACGUUGGCCAAAACCUGUUGACUUGUGAAAAAAAGUUUCUCUCGUUUUGAUCCUCUCUCGAUGACUCUCGAUUUCCCGCUCUCCGAUGCUCCUUCCUCUCCCUCCACUAUCUCUCCACUAUUGUUUGUUAAUAAUUAAGGGAUUAGACAUGUUCUCUUUUAUGAGAGGAAUGAAUUGGAGCAGACCGUUCACUCUGACAUUGUAAAAAAGGGGCUUAAUUAUCGCGAAGUCAUUGGAAACGUGAAACCGUGAGGAGCUCGACUUGGGUGAGAAAAAACAGGAAGGAGUUUGUAGAGAACAUGUCAGAAAUUUCAAUAUAAAUAUUUUUUUUUUCGAUUGCUCAACACGAAAACGCUUACACAAUGAAACAUAUCUCUAAAGUCAUUAUUUGUAUGAAAAAGUACGUUAAAUGACUCUUUUAAGAAAAAAAAACAUUUACUUUUGCGCGCAUUACCCAGCGAUGCUAUCGUACUAACACAGAAUAUUAGCUUAGAGGUGCAAAACUGAACAAACUACUGUUACGUCAUCUUUAAAAAAAAUAAAUAAAUACAAAUUCAAAAAAAAUAUAUAUUUCGUUUGUCUUUAAAAGAUAUCAGAGGUCUUAAUUGUUUUUAUUAAUUAUUAUUUGGACUAUUAUGAUCGUCGUUGUUGUUAUUCUUAUUAUUCUUACUGUUAUUAUAAUUGUAAAUGUUAUAAAUUGUAUACUUCCCAUGCUUUAGUUUUACCAGUAGAAACAACCGUGUACCCACUUUUCUCUCUUCUCUUUCAUUCACUUCUGUCAUUUCCUUCUUGAUCCUGUUUGUGUCUUUCCUUCUAGUUGUCCGUCUUUCACUUCCUGUUUAUUUUGUAGUCUUUGCGUCGCUGUUGAUAUAGCUAACUGUACAUCUUUAUAGGGGAAAGAUACCAAGCACGACAAA